ACAGGUUUUGAAGGAGCAGUGGCUAUAAAGUGCAGCUUAGGUCUUCAGAAACAUCUCACUGCACUUGACGAGCAUCAUGAUGCGGUGGACAGUGUGGGCUCUGUUUUUGGAUACACUUCUCACAAGACAAGGCACUGCAGCUCAGAAUUGUGGAGUAGCACCCCUGAACCCAAGGAUAGUGGGAGGUGAGGAUGCCCGAGAGGGUUCGUGGCCCUGGCAAGUCUACCUGACUGUCAGUGGGCAAUUCACAUGUGGAGGGACGCUAAUCAGCAAUGAGUUUGUACUCACUGCUGCCCACUGCAUCAAUAAUGUUCCAUUACCUCUGUGGACCCUAUACCUUGGAAGACACAAUCAGAGUGGCCCAAAUCCCAAUGAGGUGUCCAGGAACGUGUCCCAGAUCAUCGAGCAUCCCGACUACCAAACACUACCCACUGAAAAUGAUGUAGCCCUCAUGAGGCUGAGCACCCCUGUCACUUACACUGACUACAUCCGACCUAUUUGCAUUGCAAGUAACUCCAGUCAGAUCAACAAUGGCACCAUGUGCUGGGCCACGGGCUGGGGCCGACUGACAAACGUAUCAGGCACACCAGAGACGCUACAAGAGGUUGAGGUUCCCAUCAUUGGAAACAAACAAUGCAGCAGCAGCUACUUCCCAUCUGGAGAUCACACAUUCAACAACAGCAUCAUCUGUGCAGGGCAGAGGGACAAAGGAGCAUGCAUGGGUGAUUCAGGCGGACCUUUGCAAUGCAAACAAGACUCAGUGUGGAUCCAGGUGGGCAUCACCAGUAUGGGCAUACCCUGCGCUAGCGGGAUUGCCCCUGAAGCCUACGCCCGUGUGUCAUUUUUCCAGAAAUGGAUCACAGAGCAAGUGCCAGGGGCAAACAUUGGCGUUGUUUCGUCAACCUCCAGUGACCCUCGACAUGAUAGCUACACAUGCGGAGCACAGUCUAUAACCCUGUCAACCAUAGCAAGUUUCUCGUGUCUUAGCAUUCUGCUCCUCCUGCAGGGCUUUCAAGCUGUGUAACAAGACAAAAUCUGCUUUACCUUGCUGGAUUCAGAUGGCAGUAUUUAGCACUUGAUGAUGAACAUGGACAGCAUGACAUAAAAGAUAUUUGUAACGGUUAAUUCCCCUUCAAAACAACCCAUAUGUUGUUUUCAACAGGGAAAUCUUACAUAAACACUCAAAUAACUCAUAUCACAAUGUCCAAGAGCAGGGGUGUCGUAUGGGGGAAAUUUACGACAAUUAAAAAAAUAUAAAAAAAUAAAAAGGUGUGGCCCAAUGUGAUUUUUUUUAAAUGGCGCCCAGAAUUCCUGGCGGCGUCCUUGUUCAAAUUAAAUAUAGUAAGCUCAAUUCAUAAUUACUAUCCGAAGCAGAAACCAAAGGAGAACUCUGCGACCCAACAUGAUAGCUCCACAAACACUACAUAAUCCAUCGUUAAGUGUCUGAAAAGUAUUUAAAAAAAGAACCCAAAAGACCAAAGCUUUCGCAGCCAUAGACUCUUGUUUGGUCUUACCUUUGAUGUCUUCGACAGAAAUAUUGGUUGUAAUGUUGAAACUCCCUAGCUGUUUUGCUCAGCAAAAAUUCUCAUAGUAUUAUGUGCCGAUAAAUCCGCUAAAUAGAUGCCAAAGUUCGAAGAAAAUCAGUUGUUUGUUUGGUCUAUUAAAAUUGGUUCAGUAUAGUGGCUUCUGAUUGUUUGUUGAAGGGGUUCAGCUUUGCAGACCCAUCACAGUUAAUGAAAUGUAGUAAUACAAACGCAUUCAUUUGAAAGGCACAAACCAAAAUGACACAAAAUAUCGCACAGGGUAUUGUGAAAUGCUAUGCUGUAAUUUCUGUUCAUUCAGACAUAUUCUUCAUGAAU